UUAAGUCUGUCUCUGUUUCAACGGGCGAGGUUUUCUUUCGAGCGAAAAGCUCUUUCUCUCUCUCUCUAAAUAUCAGAGUUUUCUUGGGCUGCAAGAGGUUCGAACGUGAUGUUCUCUCGAUGAGCUUGAUUUUGAUUCAACAAACUUCUCUGCGAGCAGAGGUUGUAAGGUUUUGGAAGUGAAAAUUCCAAGGAGAUGGCGGAGAUGAAAAUGGAGGAAUUCUGUCUCGAGAACAAACAAUCAGCUGCCGCAUCAAACUCUUCUUUUUCUGAAGGCAGUGGCAGUGUUACGCUCAAGUCCCCGGGAAUAGGCAGUCCCACUUCUAUGUCACCUUCUCAUAGGAGGACAACAGGCCCAAUUAGACGAGCUAAGGGGGGUUGGACUCCACAGGAGGAUGAUACAUUAAAAAAAGCUGUUGCCACUUUCAAGGGGAAGUGCUGGAAGAAAAUAGCUGAGUUCUUUCCUGAUAGAUCGGAAGUGCAAUGCCUGCAUCGGUGGCAGAAGGUUCUCAAUCCAGAACUUGUUAAAGGACCUUGGACUCAAGAGGAGGAUGAAAAAAUUACUGAACUGGUCGCAAAAUACGGUCCUACAAAAUGGUCUAUCAUAGCGAAGUCUUUGCCAGGUCGUAUAGGGAAACAAUGCCGUGAGAGGUGGCACAAUCAUUUAAAUCCAGAUAUAAAAAAGGAUGCUUGGACAUUAGACGAGGAGCUUGCCCUGAUGAGUGCCCAUCGGGCACAUGGGAACAAAUGGGCUGAAAUAGCAAAGGUUCUUCCUGGAAGGACUGACAAUGCAAUAAAGAAUCACUGGAAUAGUUCCUUAAAGAAGAAGCUAGAUUUCUACUUGGCUACUGGGAAUCUUCCACCAGUAGUGAAGAAUGGUCUCCAGAAUGGUGCAAAAGACAUUAACAGAACAGCUUCAACUGGGAAACUGCUUGUUUGUUCGAAUAGAGGAUCAGAGUCAACUGCCCAAACUUCAUCAGGAACUACAGAUGUAUGUAAAUUAGAAGAAGAUGACAAAGAUCAGUUAGAGUCCUCAACCCCCCUUCUCGAUUUGGCUGCUACAUCCAGUGUUCCUUCAAAUGAGUCUGCUGAUUCUAUAGGUGUAAAAUGCAGGCCAUUGUCAUCAAAUAUAGAUUUUGGCUACAGUCAUUCAAAUAUAGCAGUUGAGAGACGUAGAAGCAAUGGUGAAAUCAAUCGGGAUAAAGAGAGUGGUACUUCGUUGCAGUUCAAUGUUCCAAUAUACGGUUCAUUGUACUAUGAACCACUGCAAUUAGAAAGUUUUGGUCCAUCAAGUUCCAUUGUUUCAAAUAUGCAAUGGAUGCAGUCAGAAUUUGACUCUAGUCCAAUUACGUCGCCUGUUAGUUUCUCCACACCGCCUUGUGUAAAGAGUGGCAGUUUGUGUGGACAAAGUCCAGAAUCUAUAUUGAAAAUUGCUGCUAAGAGCUUCCCCAAUACACCUUCCAUAUUACGGAAGAGAAAGAUCAGAGUUCAAACACCUCUGCAAUUGCGUAAAAGUAGUUCUGAACAAGAACAAAAUAAGAACAGUUUGGAGAAGUUUGGGUCACGAGAUGGAAGUUUGUGUGAAAAUUCUGCAUGUUUUGAUAGUGCUACUACCAAUGUGCUACGUAAUGGUGCGACUCUUAAUGCAUCUCCUCCGUAUCAGUUAAGAUCCAAAAGAACUGCUGUUUUCAAGUCUGUGGAAAAGCAACUUGAUUUCACAUUCAACAAGGAGCAUUGUGAUGAUGGUAAUACCAAAUCUGGGGAUUUGAUUGUUGAGGGAAACUCUCCAGUGACCAAAGAUUGUUCGCAUGCAUCAAAGAUUGGUGUGACCUAGGACAAAAAACUGGAUGAAGUGUGGAGAUACUCUUGAAGUUGGGUAAGUUCUCCCAAGAAUGGCAGCUGAAUUUCCCAAUAUACAGAACUCUUUUAAAAAGAGGCAGGCCACGAUGAACAUUCUAAUGCUACAAAUCUCUGUAGUGCCAUGAAUCAAUCAUAAUCAAUCAUCUCGUGGAUGCACGCACUUAACACCAGUCGUUCUCAGGUACAUGCAUCACUUCUCAUCAUAUCGUCGUGGAAAAAAUUCAGUGGUAGUGUAUGUUCCUUGUCAUCUGUGUUAUUGCAGAAUAAGAAAUGAUGGGUUCCAGUUUAAUAGAUUUGUACAUAAAUUUCCUUAGAGGAGAGGAAGGGAUUAUUUUAUUUUCCCAUUGAAAGUAUCCCUUUUAUUUCAUUA